CAGGAGAUGACCCAUUCUUGGCCUCCCCCACUCUCAGCUAUUCACACACCUGGAAAAGUGGAACAGAGCAAGUUUCCAUUUGCAAACAAGGAGUCGCAGCAGGUGUCUACAGGACACAGCAAUCCAAGGAAAGGUGAUGCUGAGCCAAAGAAUCCAGAAAACAGUGCAUCACAUACAUCAAUGCUAGAAGAUGACCUCAAGUUAAGUAGUGAUGAAGAAGAGAAUAAUCAGCAGGCAGCACAGAGAUCUGCUCUCCGCGUUCUGUCUGACAGCAUUGUCGUGCCGCAGCCCAGUAGCAGAACCUCGGGGCUCUCCAGCAAGAGGUCAAGCAGCAGCAGCUCCAGUGAAUCCGAGAGCAGUUCCGAAUCUGACUCAGAGAGUGAAAGCAGUUCCUGUGAGAGUGACGGCAGCAAGCCCUCUCAUUACUCCAGCCCAGAGCCUGAGCAGCCAUCAUCAAACAAGUGGCAGUUGGAUAAAUGGCUAAAUAAAGUUAAUCCUCACAAAACAUCUAUUCUUAACCAAAAUGAUAAGCAUGGACUGGAGAGCAAUCAGUAUUACAGCAGAAUAAAGGAUGAAGGACAGGAGUGUGAGAAAAUACCAGCUAUUUGCCAAACUGACCUUAGAGACAAGGAAAUUAAGAACCCCAGCAAAGAGGAGUUGAGGCCUAGAACUGCUAAUAAAGCUCCAGGAAAUAAAGGAGGGAAGCAGAAAUCACCUCCUACGGCUGCUGCUGUUUCUGGAGACAGCAGCCCUCAGAGAAGGACGACUUGUAAGAAACAGCCAAGAAGAACAGAGAGGACCUCUGGUGGGGAUGCGUUGAACUGCCAUACAUCUGAGGAUCUCGCUUUGAGCCAAGUAGUUUUGGAAAAUAACAUCUGUGAACAACCUAAAGCCAGGCCCUGCAACAACAGAACUGGGCACAGAAAAGAGCCCCGCUCUGUUGCUGCGUGUGAAAAGAGACGUACCAGAGGGCCAAGCAAAACUGCCCCCAAAUCCAAGGAAUUUAUCGAGACGGAGUCUUCGUCUUCAUCAUCUUCCUCAGAUUCAGAUUCAGAAUCCGAACAAGAGGAAUAUCCUCUGCCCAAACCUCAAACUGUGGCCUCUGCUUCAGGUGGGAGUGAUCAGAGGUUGAAGGACUCCGUGAGCAGUAACACCAACAAAACUAACAGCAGCUGCAGUGCCUUUGGCUCCAUUAAUGCCAGGACUAGUAAUGAUAUAGCAAAGGAGCUGGAGGAACAGUUUUAUACUCUAGUUCCUUUUGGCAGGAAUGAGCUCCUGUCUCCUCUGAAAGACAGUGAUGAGGUAAAAUCACUGUGGGUCAAAAUUGAUUUGACUCUUUUGUCCAGAGUUCCAGAACGUUUACCUGAGGAGUCAUUGGCAAUGAGCACUGGAGGAAAAGAAGAAGCCAGCCUUCAGCAGAAUAAUUGUACUUACCCACCAGCAGAAAAGGUUGUGCCAAAAUCUAGAAGGAAACGCAAGUGUGAAAAUGAAGAAGAGGACAGGGAGAUCAAGAAGACUCAUUUAGAGCGAGAGUGUUCUUCACGAUUAAUUGCCUCUGCCCCAGGUAUUUCAACAGCAAAUCAUUGCAACAGGAACGAACAUAGCUUGGCGAUGCCAAUAAAUAAAAAUGAGAAAAUGCUUCGGUCACCCAUCUCACCCCUCUCUGAUGCAUCAAAACACAAAUACUCCACUGAUGAUUUAACUUCUUCCAGUAGACCUAAUGGCAGCAGUCUAUUACCUUCCUUGUCCUCCAGCAAAAAACAUAAGAGUGAAAUCCAGCCACAGCCACAUCCCGCAGACUGCAAUAAAGCAGUUCACAUCAAUUCAGAAAGUGUUCUCUGCAACAAGCCACACUCCCAAACAGAGCCUUGGCCAUCUUUAUCCAGGGCACACAAAGACUGCAGAAGAACAAAGCUCAUCUUUGAUAAUAUACCACGCAAUGCAGAUCACUUUAUGCAAGAAGCUAAACGGAAGAAGCAUAAAGCAGACGCGAUGGUGAGAACAUUUUCUUUCCAGUUAUGUUGUUCCGUAUUAUUUUUGUAUGCUGUGAGACUAAAAACCCACGCAGGCCCUAAUGCCACUCCAGAGGACAAACAGCUAGCAGCAUUAUGUUAUCGCUGUUUGGCACUUCUAUACUGGAGAAUGUUCCGACUCAAAAGAGAUCAUGCUGUAAAGUAUUCAAAAGCACUUAUUGAUUAUUUCAAGAAUUCAUCGAAAGCUGCCCAGGCUCCAUCUCCAUGGGGUGCCAGUGGAAAGAGCACAGGAACUCCAUCCCCCAUGUCUCCUAGCCCUUCUCCUGUCAGCUCAGUAGGAUCCCAGGGGAGCACUGGUGCCCCUUCCCCCUCUUCCACUAUCAGCAUUCCACAGCGUAUUCAUCAGAUGGCAGCCAAUCACGUCAGUAUUACCAACAGCAUCCUGCACAGCUAUGACUACUGGGAGAUGGCUGACAAUCUAGCCAAGGAAAAUAGAGAGUUUUUUAAUGAGUUGGAUGCACUGAUGGGACCUGUCACCCUACACAGCAGUAUGGAACAUUUAGUUCAGUACACUCAACAAGGACUUCACUGGGUACGGAGUAGUGCUCACGCAAAAGACUGUGUGCCAUUCAAAUGAACUGCAUAAUCUCCCAUGGACAAUUCAGUUAUUCUGGACACUGUGCUACAGAAAUAAUCAACCAUAGCAUCCAAAUAAAGGUGAAUAUUUCUUCAAUGUUGAACAACAUUUUUCAGAGUGUAGACAUAUAUGUAUGUAUGGAUAAUAUGCAGCUAUGUCUCUCCAGAAUGCAUUGUUCCAUAGCAAUCUCCAAACAUUGUCAUACUCUAGACAAAAUUGACCACAGAUGUCUUAAUACACACACACAUUUCCUAUGCCUGUGCUUAGAAAAACUCAGAAACCAAAAUCUCAUGAGUUAAUUGAACCAAGUGCAAUAAACGCAAUGGCUCCUAGUCAGGAAUGCACUUAAGUGUGUGUUUAACUUUAAGCAUGUGCUUAAAUGUAAUUGACUUCAGUAGAACUUAAACAUGCACUUAGGUGCUUUCCUGAAUUAGGGACAAUGAGAGUCUGACUGGCAGUUUGGCUGCUCCAUAGAACUUUCAGUGUUAGCGCACCAUCUCCCUCUUAUUUCCUGAUUGGGAUGUAUGGAUGAAUUGUGUAGACUGAAAAAAUAUGGAGUGAGAAAGCAUUAACUUUUGUGCAAUAAGUUUCAACAGCUUGCAUUCGUUUCUUUAUUUCUCUGCUUUUGAAAUUACCUUAUCUCCUGUUCAGCCUCCUUAUCAACUAUAAUGGACAUUAUCAAGGAAACAGCCUGAAAAAUGGGUGUAUUGAUAACAAGAAACUAGAAGAGAUUCUGGAAAAUUGUGUACUGUCAUUACAGGCAAGAAGUUAACACAAAAAUAUUGCAAACUGCAACCCAGUUAGCAAAGAAAGUCCAUUUAUUACAUGUUCAUAUACAUGCACACACAUUUGUUUGCUUUGUGCAGUGAGGCUUCACCUUACUGGCUCUGGUUUUGAUAUCUUUUCUAUCUUAAAGUAGCUUGCUUGCAGUUUCUUCUAGGCUGUAUCAUGCCAUUACAUGAAAUUCUCUUUAUCUUGGAAAGCUGGGUUUGCUGCUCACCAGACUAAGCACUGUUUCCUAUCAUAAUCCUCUCACUCGUCAUGCAUAAUCCUCCACUAGGCUUUAAUGUUUCUUGAUUUAUGGGGUGUUUUCAGCUCCUGUUGACAGGCUGUGUUUUUUAUGCCAAGGGAAUUAAUCCUAAAGUAAUUGCAAUUUAAUUUGGAUCAGCUGAGGUCAUAGCCAGUUCAUAACUAAUGUGUUGUGUGCAUUUAGUGGAUUUUUGUUCUUGGUUAAUUUCAUUUUCACUCUUCUGGAAACAUUUGAUUGUUUUCAUCUGAAAUGUAAUUUUAUUGGUUAUUUUGCACCCAGCCCUCUAGCCCUUACUCAUGCAAGUAGCUACAUUAACUUCAGUUGCAUCAAGUAAGAGUCAAUGAAUGACCAUCUUCAUUGCUACCUUCUAGUCAGCUUUAUCUUAAUAUUAGUGUGAUGAUGGUGCAAAAAUAUCUGCCAGUAAAAGUUACAUAUCAACAAAGAAAAAUAGCCACUUAUGUAGUUGCCUUAUAUAUGGCAUUUCAAUGUCUGAUGAGUUGCAUUAGAAACCACACAUCAAAUAAUUUAGCCAGAGGCGGAUUAAGGUUUCCUGGGGCCCUGGGCCAGAACAAGUGGUGAGGCC